AUGGUGAAUUUCUAUCAUGACCUGGGAAUAAUUAUCGAGCACCGUAGCACAGUCAUCUUGAGUACCCAGUGGCUGAUAGACUUGUUCGGGCAGCUGAUCACUAUUCCAGAUUUUACGAAAAUGGUAAGAAAUACAAUUUAACGUGUUUUUAAACUUGCCAUGUUUUAUAACGCUCCCCAUUUUGGAUGACAUCACGGUUGUCAAACCGUGCAGUAACAAAUAAAAAUGAUUAUGUCACAUGCAUUGCACGCUAUCUUUUGUGUGUGUCAUCAGCACAAUCUACCUUUAAAGGGGUGCAAUGGAAGUACAUUGCAUGACUUGUAGAAUUAUCCUCAAAUGUAGUCUUAAAGGAACGUCUCACAAAAAAAAGAGUGGAAAGAUACAUAUACGUCUGCUGAAACCAGCGACUCUUUAUGUCGACCAAUGAGGACGCGCUUUUAUAGUUUGUGGAAGUGAAAUUUGGACCGUAAGAAUUUUCCGGCGAGUAAACCAAACGGAGGAUUCUGGCAUUUACGUGGCGCUUUAAAGAACAUUCUAUAGAUUUAAAAUCUGAGGUCUGUUAAAAAGGUCUUUUUUCGCCCCCAGAGAGAUUUAUUCACAGUUGUACUUUCUAGGCAGUCUUUCGUAAUUUCCAUUUUAUGUGUGUCCUCACACAAAUCCCCAAAUUACAAGGAGGAAAGUUUUCCUUGAAUGUUUCCUUAAAAUGUUAAGUAUUUUAUUUCUUUUAGAGAACUUGCUAAAACUUAUUAAUAUAACAUUUAGAAAUGUAAAAUGAUCCUGGAAGAAAGCUAUUUUGAAUAGUUUUGUGAUCAUUCAAUCAAUCAAAUCAAUCAAUCAAUCAGUCUUUAUUCUUCCUAAGAUAAAAAGACAUAUAUUAAGUUACAUCAGCAGUUGCGAGUCUGAAAAUACAUAAGACAUACUGUAUACAAAUAAUAGAAAGAUAAAAAUACAUAAGACAUACUAUAUACAAAUAAUAGAAAGAUCAAAGAUUAUAUCUAAAAAUAAGCCUAUUUACAAAAACAUUCUUAAAUGUACCAGUCUUUAUAUCCGGGCGAUGAGCACUUUUGUUUCUGAGUUGAUACCUUGUUUCUUUCUUCUUCGGCAGGAUGUUACUAAGCUGGCAAUCGGGAUCCACUGAACGUAUCUUGAAAAGAUUUUUAUCUGCCUUUUCUAAAAGUUCUCGGAUGUCCAUUCUCUUAGAUGUGUAUUUCCUUUUAAAGCAUCUAUCCAGAAAGUUUUGUAUGACCGUUAGAUCUGAGUCUACAGACCAUAAGUGAAAUUCGGUAAAACUAAGGCGCUAAAUAGGUGGUCUACUUCACCUUGACUGAAACCUUCCUUCCGUAAAGAUCUUAAUACAAACAGACACUUAUAGUAUUUGCCUUAAUCAACUUAGCACCUACGUGUUCGCUAUAUUUACAAUUCUCUUGAAACGUAACACCUAAAAUGAGCAACGAAUGUUAUUAACUUGCACAAUAUCCUGAAUAAGACCUUUCUUGCGAAAAAUAAUUUCUUUACAUUCCUCUUGUUAUUCCGUCUUAGGUCCCUAAGUUUGCAAAGCACUGGAAGGAAGUCGAAGAAAGCGGUGUUCUCAGCAUGGGACUGCUUGAUCAUGUGUUUUCCAAAUUUCUUCUGGACGGCGUUGCCAGGAAAGACAUUCUGGAUUUGAUGGAACAAUUUGGAUUGAUUGCAAAAUUUUCAUCUUCAAAGACAGGUGAAAAGUAUUUUGUGCCAUCUCAACACCAAGCUUCGCCUGAUUCCCUUUGUUCCAUGGCGCCCUCAAGGCUGGACCCUUGUCCUCUGUAGGUUUACUUCGUCACCGGCUCUUUUCCCCAUGGUCUGUUCACUCGACUUGUUUCUCGAUCUGUCCGUUGGUGUCCUGAGGCUGGUCCAACUCAGCCCCCUACCUUGUACCAAAAUGGAGCGUGGUUUGUUAUUGAGAAGAAAACUGUCCAUGAUUUUUUCUUAUUUUUAAGAAGCAGUUUAUUAAGUUCUUUAUCAAGCAAAGAAAGCACCCUCAGCAGAUCUGUGUGGAUGAGACAAGUGAGAUGGCAGUGCAGGUUCGUGAGUUUGUGGAGGCAACUUUGCAAGCUUUGUCACGUGAUCUCUAUAAAGGUGGAUUGCAGUAUCAUAUUCGGGUCGCCUGUCCGUAUUGUCAGCGGGAAAAAUACUCAAGCCAUAAUCAGAUUGCAUGUUCUCAUGAAGAUUGUCUUCACCUCCUUGAGGUAA